AUGUUGCUGGGCCCACCCUCGGGCACAGGUGUUGCAGGACCCAGUGGCAUGCAUGAAGUGCCUGCUGCAGUGCUAGGUUUAUCAGACAUGCACAUGGAGGCCAAUACACCAGUAGCGGAGGAAUUCACUUCGCCGAUUGACGCAAAUGUUGCAGAAGUGCAGGCAAUUGAAGCCCUGCCCAUUCCUCCACUGCUCACUUCAUCUGGACGUCCCAUUCGUACCAAUUGCAACCAGCUUCCUGCACGCUAUCGUGAUGUGAUACCUGAAGGACCUACAUGCAUGUCGCAACCAGAGGAGAUGCGCGAGCUAGGCGAAGAGCCCACAAGUGCACCGCUCGGGACACCAGUGUCCGAGCUGUACAUGCCAAACCUGGUCAGAAGCCUGCCCAAUUCAUUCAGCCUGGUCCAUCAGUACUUGCAUGUCCCUCUGCGAGAUCCAGAUGAUGGAGUGUCGGUGGAGAACCUAGUGAUUGGACAGGCUCCAAGGGAUGAAUCCGAUGAUUACACCAUUGCGUCACUGUCACCAGCACCACAUUUAUUUGGCCCAUAUCCAAAUAAGUCAUCAUAUCUACUUGGAUGGUGGUAUUGGAAUGGAAGUAUGACAAAGUCGAAGUCCGAUUUCAAGGAUCUGCUUGCCGUGCUUUCAAACCCACGGUUUACUGUCUUGGACCUGGUCGGUACCAAGUGGGACAUAAUAGAUCAUCAACUUGGCGAUAGCGGGCCUAGCACGAUCUUCAAUGCACGAGACGGGUGGCGCGAGACAUUGGUAGUGAUCAGCAUACCUUCGGGGCAAAGGGGCGUGCCUCCUGCAGAUUUCAAGAUUUCAGGAAUAUUUUACUGCCCCCUGGAAGAGGUGACUCGGGCUGUAUUCGAGAGCACAGCAGCAGCAACGUUCCACUUUGAGCUGUACACACUCCUUUGA